AAGUCCAAUUUCGCUGGAUCCCGGCGCAUGUCGGUGUGCAAGGCAACGAAAUGGCGGAUCAAGCAGCCAAAGAAGCCGCCGGCUUCAGCCCCAACGCGGACGCACACGCCGCACCGCCGCCGGAGCCGAAGCAUGCACGGACAUUCACGGCAACCACGAAAACUAUCAUCCGCCGGGCAAUGAAAUACAAGUGUUGCAGGCUGCUCGCCAUAUUCGGGGCGGCUGGCGAAUGGGGAGCAAGAUCGAUCAUGGUCGGCGGUGUCCUGGGCUUCCUCGGCGACGGGCUCGCCGCCCACGUCGAUCGUUCGAUCGGAUCCUUUUAGGUGUACCUUUCGCAUACGGAGCGAGCACCAGGUUGUGUUUUGAUCUUUCCAUCCGUUGAUGCGCCAGUGGGUGUUAUCGAAUGUGGGCCAGUCAUCGGUAGCCGUUGUUGGGUGGCGGCAACGCGACUACCUAACAAGGUUAAUAAGUUAACAAACGUGGUUGAAGCGGCGGCCCCCAACCACUACCUCGUUCGCUUUCGACCUUUCGAGACAGAUGUCGCUUCGCGAAUCCCGUCGAUCGUAACAAGGGUUGUCGGCCUCGAAGGUCAUGAUCGAACAGGUGCGUGAGCCCGGCUUUCUUUGCGGAUUCUGCGCACGUAAAUUGAUGCGACGGUCGUGACGGGCGUCUGCGCACGGGGUGGGUAUUAUCCAGGCUGCUGGCGAGGCCCAGGCCCCCUCGGUCGUUUGCUGAUGACAUGGUACU